GGAGGGGAAAGGGAAAGGGAAAAGAGAAUAUUUUGGAAAUGACAAAUGGGGGUAGCAGGAUAUACGACAAGCCUCUGGGCCUCCAGAAAAUAGCUGUAACCAGGAGAAGACGAAAGGGGACAUGAUGCUGGACAAAGUGCCGUGGAGGCACAAUGUCUGCGGUGACAUCACUGAGCAACAGGCUGUGAUGCCAUGGAGCUUUGGGCGCUGGCAGGGCCUGGCCCAGUCAGUCUCGAGCCUGGACUCCUGCCGAGCGAGUGUGUGCGGCCUGGAGGUGGAGCGAGGAUUUUGUUUGUGUGUUGGGCUGUGCUUUGGGGACUGCUGGCAGCUGCUCUCAGUGCCCAUCCCUACAGCCAUCACCUGGAAUCCCCUGGCCUGCCUGGUUCAGGCAGCUGGGGUCUCACGAGGUGCACGUGCAGCAGCACAGUGCACAACUUUCACCGCUGAGGCGCUGUCGAGGGAGAGCAAUUCAUCUUCACUCCCCAUCAGGCCACAGCGUGAAGACCAUGGCAGCAGAGGAGGCGUGGACAUGUCCCAUCUGCCGUGACGUGCAAAAGGACAUUGCCUACGCAGUACCGUGCCGUCACGAGUUCUGCCUCGGCUGCAUCCUGCGGUGGGCCAAGCAGAAAGAGACCUGCCCGCUCUGCCGCAGAGUGAUGGAAGUUGUAAAGGUUGCUGAGUGGGACGACGACAGCGACCUGGAUUUCAUCAUCUGUCCCCCAGCACCACCAGUUCCUGCCUGCUUCCAGGCAGGCAUCACUCAAAUCUACAGCCCCCAGCACGAUGCGCCAUCCCCUCCACCCCUUCUGAUGCUGCCAGAGGAGGAGGAGGCUGUGGAGGCAGAGGAGGGGCGUAUGGUGGGCGGUCUGCUGCUGGAGGUCUGGGCAGCCCUGUUCAGGCAGCACCAGGAGAUCCUCGACCCUGUGCUGCCAUGGCUGCGCCAGGAGCUGCGAGCCGUCCUUGGGACACAGUGGUGGGAGGUAAUGGCAGUCGAGAACCUCAUCCUCAACACCCUGUGUAACAUCGGGCUGGACAGCGAGGCCCUGAUCCGGCUGCUGCAGCCUGCCCUGGGGGACAGAGCGGAGACGCUCAUCCAGGGCCUUGUGGACGCUGUUGUCAGCCGGUGGGGCGAGGAGGCCCACGGGCAGCUGGGCCUCCAGGGCGUCCACGUGUCCGGAGGGCAGGAGGAGGGCCCUGCAGCCAGCGGGCAGGAGGACAGCUCUGUGGCCGCCCCUGGCCCCGCAGCCUCCCCACAAGGCACAGUUACAGCAAGGCCUGGACCCAACGACAGCACCGGAAGUCCCAACGGAGAGGAGCAGCCCAGCACACCACAGGCUGUCAUUCCUGGGGAUCCCAGUUGCACCCUGUCUGCCCACAUCCCCAGGGAACGGGAGGAGCCCCAAGAGGAGACGGAGCAGCUGGCAGCAGCAGAUCCCUCUGCUCAGGGCAGCAGCCCCUCCGCUCCUGGCUGCUCAGCUGUGAGGGCCCGGAGGCCCCGUAAGAGAAGGGCUGGCAGUGACCUGGACCCAGAGCAGCCCUGCAAGAAGCCACCCCCUCGGAAGCACUAGCAGGGAUGGCAUUUCUCUUCAAUUAAAAAAAAAUAAAGUGAGAUAAAAAAGAUUA